CCUACCCUAGCGAAAUAAAGUCAGUCAGCAAAAACAAUAUAAUGAGAUUAGAUGAAUUGAUACAUUUUCUGACAAAAGGGUCAUAAAAAUAGGAAUUGCCUCCCAAACUCUGAAGUUUUUUUUAUCAAACCCUCGAAUUUAGUAUUUCUUUUCCUAAAUUUCUCUUACCAUUUUUUUUGGAAAGAUCUUACCAUUUUAUUCUUUUAUUAUACCUGUCAUUUUUCUCUCUUUCGUCAAGAUAGACACAAAAUGAUGCUAAGGCUGUGGAAAUGGUACCAGAACUGCCUGGCUUUUCAUCCGGUGAAGACCCAGGUCAUCAGCUCCGGCUUCCUCUGGGGUGCCGGUGACAUUGCUGCUCAAUACAUCACCCACACUUCCGCAAAAAGGCGCCUUAAAAUUUCAGAUGCAGAUGCAGAUUUUAAAGUCAAUUGGAAACGAGUAGCAAUCACAAGUUCGUUUGGUUUUUGUUUUGUUGGACCUGUUGGCCACUUCUGGUAUGAAGGCUUAGACAAGUUUUUAAGGUUUAAGCUUCUUCAACAGCCAAAGUCAUUGCGGUUUGUGGCCACUAAAGUUGCAAUGGAUGGCAUCAUCUUUGGCCCGCUUGAUCUGUUUGUAUUUUUCACAUACAUGGGCUUUUCUAUGGGAAAAAAUGUUCAACAGGUGAAGGAAGAUGUGAAGAGGGAUUUCAUCCCAGCCUUGAUUUUGGAGGGUGGUAUAUGGCCAAUUGUUCAGGUGGUGAAUUUCCGGUACGUCCCAGUAAGGUAUCAGCUACUCUAUGUUAAUAUCUUCUGCCUGAUGGAUAGUGCUUUUCUGUCAUGGGUUGAGCAGCAAAAGGAUGCUGCUUGGAAGCAAUGGUUGUCUUUUAACUCUUUCAAGGAACGAGGAGGUCCGGGAAGGUUAUGAUUUUCCUUCCUAUCCUCUUGCACUAUUACCCCUUUUUCGUGUGUCGCACCAAAAAGAUUGUAACAGAGUGUUUGAUCGAGGGUGAAAGAAUUGGUCUCUCCUAAAAUUACUGGCUUCGAUUUUUCAAGUCAGCAUCUCGGGAAUGAUUCUUUUUUUCGUUCUUUCCUUUUUUUUUUUCUUUGUUCCCAACUUGUAAACAGACUUCAUAUCUAAUACAUAAAAAAACAGAGCAAAAUUUUCUAUUUGGCAAAAAAGAUUCGGGCUUUUAUUUAGUGUUAUUA